GAACAAAAAGUUUUAGUUUGGUAAUUAAAAUGAAACUGAUGGUUGAAACCAGGUAUUGACAUACUGCAUAAGAAGACGGAAAAAAAAAAUUUCUCAUUGUCUAAAGUUAUAGCAGACCAACAUUCUUUUGUCUUAGAUUAGUUACAUUUAUCAAAAUUGUUUCCAUUUGCUAAACACCAGAAAUCUUAGCAGAGAAAAUUUUUUUGGUUGUAAUUUCCUUCAAAUUUAGAAGUUUACAGUUCAGAAAAAGUCUUUUUUUUUUUUACUGGUUUCAAUUGUAAUGCUUAGUACUUACAGCUAAUAAAACCACAAAAUUUUGUUUAAUAAGAAAUUUCUAAUAUUACAUAAAAUCAGCAAAAAAUAAUAUUUCAUAUAAAAAUGGCAGCUUAUGAAAAAUUAUGUACGCUAUAGAAACUGACUACUUGCUCAGGGCUCCUUUUGCAUGAAACAUUCAAUGCAGCAGAUCUCAGAAGAGAUGGAUUAAUAUAGAUUCUCUGUUGGCUUUCACAUCAGGAGAGCUUAUCAGUCAAUCACAGUGAUACCAUGAUCAUUUGGCAUUUUUGCUAAUGGGUGCCAAGUCGUGCUGCACAAUGAAAUGAGCAUCUCCAUAUAUAGAUGGUCAGCAACAAGGAGAAUAAAGUGCUAGAUGACAUUAGACUUGAAAAUGGAGUGAACCAACACCAGCAGAUGACCCAGCUCGCAAAGUCAUCACUCUCUGUGGAAAUGUCAAACUGGACCUCAAGCAGCUUAAGCUCCUCCCUUCAGCGGUGGCUAAACACAAGGAAUCCCACAGUUGUGACAAAUGUCCUGAACACAAAAGAACAUUUUCUACCGCAAUUUUUACUUUCACUCAACUUCCCAUUAUUAUGGCUGGACACAUCACUAAGUCAUCUUCAUUAGCAAUGACCUUUCGUGGCUUAAGCUUCUUGUGGAAGUUGUCAGUGACUGUCUGCUUUACAACUCACGAUAGCAGCCUUCCCCAUUAUUGUUUAGGUCAUAUUGUGCUGGCCUGAAUUUUGCGCUAAUAUUGGGUGGAAUCGGCAAUUUUCAAAAUGAAUUCAAAAGAAUGCUUUAAGCCUUACGGGUAUCACUGUGUUUAAUAAAGAACUUUUUGAAUAAAAUUACUGAAAUAAAAAUGAACAUUUGCAUGAUAUUGUAAGUAAAACCUGAUAUGCACCAGUAAAUGUCAUCCACAUUGUUUUAUAGAGCCGCUAAAAAAAAUCCUAUGCUGGCAUCCGUAUUAUGUCACCACUAGAACAAAUUGCAAUAUAUUCUACUAGAUUGCAAAACUUAGUAGGACAUUUCUGUUGUUGUGUGAGCCUUACUGUGUACACUCUGGAGGAACAGGAAGACUUGGUUCCGUUUUAAAACUCAGAUAAACAUUUUAACAAAAAUUCAGAAGAAAAAAGCAUUUCCUCUGGUUUCAUGUGAGCAUUUAUGAGAAGUUUAGAAAACUUAUCAUCUUUCACAUUCAAGGAGAAGUUGCACUGGCUGCCAUCACACAUGUCAUCUCGGCUGCAGCGGAUGUUGACCCGCUUUAGCUCUUCCUUAUUUAAAUGAUAUGACUAAGUGAGUGAGAGCUGCUGCAAGUUUGUUUCCUGAGUGUGGCAUGAUGCAUUUGACUCGCAUCGGGCUACAGCCUGCUACUCCCCUGGAGGGUUUGUGACUGAUAGCAAAAGUAGAGAUAUUCUACUGGGAUUAACUUCAAUCACUGCCAAAGAUGUCCCUACAAUUUAAAGAUUCCUUCUGGGGGAAUGACUUCAUCAGCAACGCUGGCUAUGAAACUCUUAUUCAGAGACUCAAUGAGGGUCGGCGUACGUGUAAGGAUGUGGAGGACCUCCUGAAAAUGAGAGCAUCGGCCGAGGAAAAAUAUGGCAAAGAGUUGGUCUCAAUAGCUCGAAAGGCAGGGGGUUCGACGGAGAUUUGCACUCUGAGAGCAUCAUUUGAUGAAAUGAAAACACAAAUUGAAAACAUUGGAAACUUGCACAUUCAGCUCUCUGGGUUCCUGAAGGAAGAGGUGAAGAGAAUGGAGGAGUUCAGAGAGCGACAGAAAGAGCAGAGAAAAAAGUUUGAGGUCAUCAUGGAGAAGGUCCAGAAAACAAAAGUGUCUCUCUACAAGAAAACCAUAGAUUCUAAAAAAUCCUAUGAGCAGCGUUGCAAGGAGGCGGAUGAGGCUGAGCAAACGGCUGAAAGGCUGGGCAACGCGCCCACGGCCACUCCCAAACAGAUUGAGAAGAUGAACAACAAAUCCAAACAGUGCAGAGAAGCUGCAGCUGAAGCCGAGAAUCAGUACAAGUCAAACAUUGAGCAGCUUGACCGGGUUCGACAAGAGUGGGAGUCGACGCAUGUUGAGAUCUGUGAGAUGUUUCAGCAGCAAGAGGAAGAUCGCAUCAGUGUCAUAAGGAAUGCUUUGUGGGUGCACUGCAACCAGCUGUCGAUGCAGUGUGUUAAAGACGACGAGUGUUGUGAGAAUGUACGGAAUUCGCUUGAAAACUGUGACAUCAUCACAGACAACAACAACUUUGUGGAGAUGAAAAAGUGCAACCCGACGCCCCCCGCUCCGAUUGGAUACCAAAGUUACUACGAGAAUAAUGCUUCUGUGCAGACGAAUGGCAGUGCUGGAUUUGUAGAGGGAGUCAAGAAAAGGAUUUCAAAUCUGCUGCCAGGAAGCUGUGCAUUUGGCUCCAAGCUGACCAUCAAUGAAGGAGUGUCAGAAGCUCCUGCAGGAACAUCGGAGGGUGUUUAUGCUUCCAUUCCUGGAUUCCAGAAUUUCAACCAGUGCAGCAAGGAGUGCAAGGCUGUAUACGACUAUGUAGCACAGGGGGAAGAUGAACUCUCAAUAUCUGUUGGGGAUGUUGUGGUUGUGAUAGAUGAGGGAGAAGAUGGUUGGUGGACGGUGCAAAGAAAUGGUCAGUCCGGUCUGGUUCCUGGUUCUUAUCUCUCUAAGGAAUAAGUUUUCAGGCCAGCCCGUUUUACAUGUACAUUUCAGAAUGGUUUUGUACCUUGAAAUCACAAGGUAUCUUAGUGGCAUGCACGCUUUCAGAAAAGGUCCCCCUGCCAACACCCAGCAGCCCCUCCUGGUCGUAGAGCGUAUUUCCAAAAGCAAGCCAUUUUCUUUGUUCUUUACAAUCCUUUGAACUAAAGGUUGAUCGCAACACACUGAACCCAGAAAUGUUACGUACAUAGAUCUGUAAAUAAUGGCACGUACACAUAUGGCAAUUAGUGUAAAACUAAUCUAUUUUGGGAUCAUCUUACCGUCUCCUUCUCAAACUGUUGGCAACCAAGAGUCGUGCGGAUCUUUUGCACAGAAACAUGGCACUAAAACUUCUUCGCACACUUUAGUUCAAUGUUGAGUCUGAAGUUUCAAAGGUUUUGUAUGAUUCCUGUUGUUGCCUUGAAUGUAAUUUAUGUCUUGUUUGCAUAAAAUAAAAAUAAAAAACAUAAUUGUGAAGUUUCCAUGCGUACUUAUAAGGCAUGCAAAUACUCAUAUUAAGAUUUGAACCUUUUGUAGGUCAUGUAUAUUAGGCCCCUGCUGUCUUUGGUGUCUGAAUGCUCUUUGGUGAGAGGCCACUCAUUCGGUAGCUACCACUUAUAUAAACACAGCAGAGACACUUUAAGAAUGCAGAAAAAGUCUCACAAGUGACCUGCAGAGGUAACACUGGGCUCAUGUGGUUUAGCAGGGUUAAAAUAAACAUAUGAAAAAUGACAAAGUUUAGAUAAUAGCAAGUCCUUUUCCAGCUCUGGUUUUACUUAGCAGGAAAUGGCAAAAAAAAAAAAAGUACUGGCCUUUGACGCAUUUGAGAUUAUUUAUUUCCAACUGCAAGUGUUCAGAAGCAUCCUGUGGACUCCACGUUUGUCAUUAUUUGACAAAGACGAAGCAAAAACUUGUACAAUCCAUGCGAGAAAAAAUAUUACUUAUGGGAGUUGUUAAAACCACCAUGUGUUGAAGUAACUGAAAGGCCUUUUGUGCAUAAUUCAGUUUUAUCACUUUCUUAUUUUCAUACUCUUAACAUUGCUUCAGGUUUUGAGGUUUGUGCAAUUUAUACAAGUUAUGCAACAGUUCAGUGGUGUCAAAGUCUUGGGCCAUUGCAACAUUUGCAUUAGUUUUCUAAGCUUUUUGUGGAUUUGCUGCUGUGUUUGGGAUCAUUGUCCUACUGAUGAGCCAGUCUGGGCCAAGCUAUUGAUUAGAAGGCCUCACGUUUUACUCCACAAUACUUUGCUCUACAGAGUGAUUGAGCAAAUGGCUGCAAAACGAGUCCAAAUUACCUUCCACCACAUGACAGCUGAGGUAUGCUAAUUUUUCUUGCAGACACAACUUUGCACACCAAAAGUUCAGUCACAAUGAAGAGGCAAUCUCUGGGCAACAGAAACGAGCCAUGUUUGUUCUGUGUAUUUCUAACGGAGUCCUGCAAGCUUUAAUAUGUAGCUGUGGGGUUUGCGAUUUCUCCGAGAAUUGUUAACCCUUGGGUGAAUUUGCUCAACUCUAAUUUUGAUAUAACCACUGUAGAUGUUGACCAGAGCUAAACAGGUCAAUACAAGUAUAUACACAAUUACAAUAUUCGUACAAAACAAUAUUGUUCAAGGCAGCAAAGUUUGACUGCGGAAAAAUGGAUCUUAAAUUGCUUGGAAAUAGCAUUUUAACCGUUCCCAAAAAAACUGAUUGCAGAUUUCUGUCCGCCCCAGCAUUGAAUGAACACUUCCCUUUAUGCACCAGAUGGAUCAACCAAAAGAAUCUCUUGAUUUUAUUGAGAUGAUCAAUAAAUCAACCGUGUUUCAUUGGUGUCAGUUGCCGGCUACUUUCCUAAUUAAAUCCCAUGGAAGCAGCAACCUUUUAUCAUUUUGAUUUCAUUUGUGUUUCAUACAUUAAGUGAAUGGUACAAUCUGUUAACUUUCAAAGACAAUAGCUUAAUUUUUAAAGGUUACGGUAAAAAGAUGUGGUCUUUUCCAUAUCUCCGUUGGAAAAGACCACAUCUCUGUUGCAUCCUGAAGAAAUCAUUGUAUCUAAAGUCUGAAUUUCAUUGUACAUAAUACUAUUUUGAACUGAGCAUCUUACAACUAGCUUGUAAGAAUCUGAGAAUUUUAGAAACUGACACAACAUGAAAACACCAAAAUCUUGACAAAGAAAAACUGCAUAAGAAAAAGAGUAAAGCUGUAAUGCAGAUGUUUUAACAAACCAGAAAGAGAUAUAAUUUGUUCUCAACUUUUACUUAAACACACUAUUUACAUUCUUCAGUCUCAUCAUUGAUAUAUGAGACAAUAUGAAUAAACCAUAUUAUAGUAGAGUACCUGGAACAAACAAACGGAUAUGAGAGAAAAACAAAAUCUAUCUGAAAACCAAUUAAUACAUCAAAGGUUAAAUACAUGUAUUUCCUAAAAUAAAACUCACAUAAGUUAAAGUCAGUUCUGUAAGAGCUCGCACACAAAACCAUGCUGCUGAAUCAGGAGAUGAUGGUGUCCAUUUUUUAUGCCGUUAAAAUUAAAAAUAGAGUAUUAGGCAUCCUCAGAAAGCAGGAGCAAAGUAGAAAUCUCUGUCUGUCAUUCAA